CUAGGAUUAAAUGCAUGUGCCAACAUACCUGGUCUAAGACUAUCUUUUAGGAAUGAAAUGAGGUUGGGAAAAGAAAUGCUACCAUGAAUUCUUCUGUGGACAGAAGGUUUGGAAUGCAGGGAUUUGCAGGCACAUCCUUAGAAACAAGGCACCGAACAUGCAGAAGUUCAUUUCCUAAUCCUGCUCUCAUGGGAUCCCUAACCUGGAUUCAGGAAAACUCAACAAUAUGGCAUCUAAAUAGGACCAUCUUGACAAUCGGGAACUGAUGACUGAGGGGUGCAGCACAGAGGAAUUACGGAUAGAGUGAAAAGAGAAGCACCAUGAGUGUGUACGUCUUGUUUGAUAGAUCCAGUUCUGGAGAAAAAUGUGCUUCCAGGUGACAACACCCUUUUCAGUGGCAGGGUACAGCUAACAAAGGAAGGAGGUCACUUAAAGGUUGCAGAACUUCCCAGAAAAAAAUACAGGAGCAGAGGAAGCUGCUGUCUGUUGUGCAAAGCCCCAUAGGUGAGCUGUACGAUUCCUCCCGCUUUCGGCAGCUACUAUGUCCAGAUCCCUUCUGUGAUGUGUGUAAUGGAGCAACUGCUAAGAUCAACCGUCUGCUUUUUCAGGCCACCCCACAAGAUGGCACUGCCUCUAUGUCCAGUAUGGACUCCACAGUUUCUGUGACUGAGACUUUGUCCCUUCCUCUCCCAGAAAAUACUGUAGGAGAUCUAAUUUCAGAUCCCACAUAUGAGCCUUCUCUACAGUCUUCCUCCAUUAUUCCACCUCACCAGAGUGUGCACUUGGAAGACACACUUUCUGCCUCACCACUGGAUGACUGUCUACUACCAGAGUCUCCUGUGAACGCUGAAUGCCCACUGGACCACGAUUCUCUCCAUCCACUUGCCUCUUUUUCUCUUCCGCAACAACAUGCCACUCAGGAAACAGAACUGCUUCUCCAGCCAGCAACUGUUCUCUCUCUGGUAGGCAGCCCGUGGGAGCUUUUCAAUGAUGUCCCAAUAAAUGAAGGCAUUUGUAGUUCAGAUCAUGCAGUGUCAGAAUUUAUCCAGCAGCAGACUGAUACAGGCAACUCUUCCCAGUUGGAGCCAGCACAUUCGGAUAACCAAGAGCUUCUUGACCUCCAUUCACCUGAAUCCUACUUAUGGGGAAACACCACAACUUACCUCACCUUGUCUGGAAACCUUAACUUUUCCAGCCUUGGUACUAUGGCACUAUUUGAAACACAAGACGGGGGGAUGACUGAUUCACUUAAAACUUGGGGUAAAACCUCAGAGUUUGAUCAUCAGAACUUGGCAGUUUCCCAUCCUUUGGGGAGCAGCAAAGAGAGACAUCACAUGCCCCAGAAGUUGCCUUAUUCCAAGACCUCUGAAGAUCAGUUAGAGGAUAAACAUACCCAGUUUUUCUGUGGACUCCCUUCUCUACACAGUGAGUCCAUGAAGUCUAUUGCCACUGUGUUGACUGAUAGUUCCCUGACCUCUGGAUGCUGCAACAGAUUAUUAGAUUCCCCAGUGCUUACCCACCACACAACUCUGCCCUUGCCUAAAAGUCAACUAACUAACUUCUCCCAAAGUCUGUCCCAAUCUCAGUACCAACCUAUCCCUCAAGCGAACCCCCAGGCCCAGCUUCAAUCCCCAAUUCCAGUGCUGUCACCUUCUCUUUCCCAACAUAAGAUCUGUGGGGUAUAUUUCCACAGCCCCCAGGAUGAAGCACAACCUCUUGAUCCAUCUGCAAUCCACUGCCUGGAAUAUAACAUCUUGAAAAAGGAACAGGAGAGAGUAUGGGGUUUACCCACUGUGGUCAAAAACUCCCAGCAAGAAUUUUGUCCCCCACCUCCCAAGCCCUCAUUGGUCACUCAGCCCUCCAAGAUCCAUGUUCCAAGGUCCAUCUCUCUUGAAAAUUGCCUUAUCACCAUUGAGCUCCGGAAGAAAUUUGAGCACCACCUUCGAAAGAGGCUUAUCCUACAAUGCUGGGGCCUACCCAAGAGGAUCCGUGAGUCUCUGUCAUGGAUGAAUCCUCAGGGCGAACUUCCAGAGUUAUGCCCAUCCAAAAGUAACUAUGGACUUUCAUGGAUCUCUUUCUUUAAGCAACAUGGCAGGAAAGACCUACACAAUAUUGUAGACCUACACAAUAUUGAACCAACCUGGAAGCUUCCCAGCAAAGCAGUUAGAGAAGAAACUGUUGAAAGCAAAGGGACACAGCCUAGAAACUGUUCAAAAACAGCAGACAUGGAGUAACACUAAGGGCACUCUAGAUAAUGGCCUGCAAUUUGACUGUGAGAUAAACUUACAAUGCCCCUCAGACAGUCCUUCAUGCAAACCUUCAGGAACCUCAGAGGUGAGCCGAUGUCAGAAAAAACUUGAAACUUCUCUGAAAGAACACUUGACCAUACAUCUCAAUGAAACCAAUGAGGGUCAGAUCACUAGCACUAUGUUCAGAUCAAGGCAUGGUCCUUUCCCUUUUACCUCGUGUGACCAAGCAAGAACACGAGGCCCAGAUGCCUUCUGAUAAUAAGGGUGGGCUUGUAAAAAGCACAUCUACAGUGAAAAAGUCUGUCUUACACACCAGGCCGGUAGAGUCAGAGGGCAAUAGAUACAACUCAGAUGUGCCCAGAAUGUUGGCUGAGGUUGGUUCGGUGCCAUUGGGUAAGAGACUUAAUUCUGGCAAAACAGUUCAGAGCUCUCAAGUAACAAAGAUGAUUGACCAAAAAAGCAUUUGUAUCCAAUAAGGUCGGUAAGGGAGGGCAGCUCAGUAGUCUUCAACCAUGAUCUACCAAGAUCUUGAAUACCAGCCAGCGUAAGAUGCUCAAGGGGCAGAUGGGAAUACAACAAAAGCACAAAACAUACUGUUCUCUGGAAGGGCCUUGAAGGGAUUAUCAGUUCCCCAGGAAUGUCAGGCAUCUGAGUUUAAUGGUUAGGUGUCCAGGGAACAGAAAUUUAAAUCAGAAAGCAGUCAGCCCUUUCAAGCUCUAGGACCCCCAAAUGACAGAUAAAUUCACUUACAAACCAUUAUUCAAUUGUGAUCAGAACCUUUCCAGUGGACCCAUGAAUAAUGCCCAAGUGCAUCAAGUUCUCCUGUCCACAGCAGAGUUUAGAACAGAAACAGGAGCUGUGGAUGCCUCCAUAUAUCUUAGACAAAUGCCAGAACAAGCAAAACAGGAGAGCCUGGAGCCAGUGAUGCUUUUAUUGGCCAAAAGAAAUGGAUAGGAGACAGUGGCAGACAGACCCAUACGGUUCCAGAAAUGUGUGGCUUUACAGACGAUACUGUGUCAGAGGCAGUGCCCAUCCAUGUCCCACAGUAGCCAGAGGUUCACCAAUAUCUCAUCUGUAGUUGUCAUUUUGGCCAGGUACCUUCAGUUGCUAUCCUGAGUUGUAGACUCUGUGUCAGGAAGCCAUCUCAAUUUUACAAAAGAAAAUGCUUUUCCCAUUUUUCUCCCAGAAGAAAAUCCCACCUGAGUAUUCCAUCCUGUAUUGACAAUACUUAUUGUCUCCAAUAAAUGCUCAGAUAAA